UAUACAACUCCAAACAUUGGCUCUUAGGAUUUUUGUACAAUAUUUCAUCAUUUUUUAUUUGCUUUUUUGUCCUAACUCUUCCUUGUUUGUAUAUACGUAGAUGACACAAACACCUUUGCAACAACAGAUUGUAAGAAAUAGACAAAUUGUUAGGACAUCCGCCGUAAGAGCAUUUUAUGCAAUGUAUGUUAUGAUUCGUUGGUGGAUGAUCUAUGAUUUUGCAAUGAAUCAUUUAGAAAAAGUUACAAUAUUUCGGGUAAAAUACUUAAUGAGUUACCAUAAUGGACAUGAUAGUAUUCACGAUAUGGUUUAUAAAAGUGAUAAAAACAAGUGUGGUUAACAUAAGAAUGAAUAGAAAUGCAUUUACAAUACUAUGUGACAUGCUUGAACAAAAGGGGGGGGGGGGGGGGUUGAAAAAUAGCAAAAACAUGUUAGUUGACGAGCAAGUUGCUAUGUUCCUACAUGUACUUGUACAAAACGAAAAAAAUAGGAUUAUAGUAAAAAGAUUCAAAAGGUCAGGUGAAACUGUAAGGCGAUAUUUCAAGGUAGUUUUAGAUGCGGUAUGUCGAUUACAUAUAGAAUUCUACAAGAAAACUGUGCCAAUACCUGAUGACGAAACCGAUGAGAGGUGGAGGUGGUUUAAGGGUUGCCUAGAGGCAUUAGAUGGAACAUAUAUCAAAGUUAAAGUCCCUGCAGCAAAGAGAAAACCUUUUCGAAUACGCAAAUGUGAGCUUUGUACUAACGUACUAGGAGGGUGUUCGAGAGAUCUUCAGUUCAUAUAUGUACUAGCGAGAUGGGAGGGUUCCGCAGCAGAUAGUUGAGUACUCCAAGAUGCUAUUAGUAGACCACAUGGUCUUAAAAUACCCCAUGGAACAUACUACAUUUGUGAUGUUGGUUAUACAAAUGGUAGAGGUUUUUUAACACCUUAUCGUGGGCAACGUUACCAUCUUAACGAUUGGUCUCGACCUCCUACAAAUGCUAAAGAUUUAUAUAACAUGAGACAUUCAUCAGCAAUGAACGUAAUAGAAUGAUGUUUUGGAUUGAUUAAACCUGGAUGGGAUAUUUUACGUGAUAAUGCAUACCAUCCAAUAGAAUUUAUGCAACACAUAAUCAUUGCAUGUUAUUUGAUGCAUAACUUCAUACGUACAAACAUAACGGAAGACCCCCUUGAUCAAGAAAUCCCUACAAAUCACACCCAAUUUGGAGACGAACAUGACAACAUUAUUUCUACCGUGGAGACCUAACAAGGAUGGACUGACCGUCGAGAUCUUCUUGUUAAUACCAUGUUUACUGAUUGGAGUUCAGGGCGUGCCAACAAUUAAUUUAUUCCAUGUUUUUAUGUAAACUUCAUUAUUCAUUAUGUGGUGUUUAUACUAUUUUUAAUGAUUGAACAACUCUAUUGUUAUUUCAUUAUUCUUGUUUUUAUAUUGUAUUCAUUAUGUAG